CCCGCGCGGCGGCGGCUUCCGCCUUUUGAGAGGCUUGAGCGCUGGUGAGAUGGCGCCGAGGUGCUGAAGACUCCCUGGUCCUAUUCAUUUGAAUGGAGCUGGGGGUGCUCAGUACUUCUGAAAAUCUUCCAUGGCGUCAUCUUUUUUGGUUAGCAUUUUCAAACAUGGGUGCCUAAAGUCUCCAUCCUCUGAGCGUGUUUUGUUGCUGUACUGUCUGUCCAUUUUGGGAGUUGGCCAAGUUGACUUUAAUGCUAAUUUGCAAAAAGACAGAAAGUCAAAAAAAUCAGCUUGGAAGUUUAGCCUUGACCUAACCCAUCCUGUAGAAGAUGGAAUAUUUGAUUCUGGAAAUUUUGAACAGUUCCUAAAGGAGAAGGUUAAGGUCAAUGGAAAAACUGGAAACCUGGGGAACGUAGUUCACAUUGAACGCUUUAAGAACAAGAUCACAGUCAUAUCUGAGAAGCAGUUCUCUAAAAGGUAUCUGAAAUACCUCACAAAGAAAUAUCUCAAGAAGAACAAUCUUCGUGACUGGCUUCGUGUGGUCGCAUCUGAUAAGGAGACAUAUGAGCUGCGCUACUUCCAAAUCAGUCAAGAUGAGGAAGGAUCAGAGUCUGAGGAAUAAAUGAAGCUUUUACUGAAAGCUUUAUGCUCUUAAACAGCGUACAAAAGACUAAACAUCUAUUUAUGAAAGCACUUUAACUUAUUGGUGAAUAAAGGUUUUGUACACUGUUUCAAAAAAAGUUCCUGCUGAAGUGUGGUCAGUGUCAGCUUAGUAACCUUUCUUGCACUUUCAUUCACAGUAAAAGGCCAGUGUAGAGACUUGUACUUUGUUUGCAGUUCUCUUUCAUCAGGAUAAAUCAGGAGUAACUUAUGAAGUCAGUGGCGUUCCAGUGGUGUAGUAAAGCUAAUGAAAGAGAGGAAAAUUGGGCACUUUGCGCUUGUAUUUACAUUAAAUUUGCAUACAUUCAGAACACAUACUCACAUUUGGGUUUUGGCAUGCACAUUCUUAUAGGACUUCUUGUGACUCUAGAAGGCCCUUGACCACUAUAUUGUUUUAACACUAUAUUGUUCAAAUUAGGUAAAAUAAGGGUUGAAGGUGUAAUGUACGUAUAUAAUUAUCAAAGAAAAGCAAGAUUUUGAUGAUGCUCAAGAAUGUGAUCUGCUUAUAUACAGAAAAUAACGAGUAAAGUGCCAUGGGCUAACAUGUAGCUUAUAUCCCUAAAUUAGAAUACAAAUAGCAAAUAAAUGUCAUUUAUUUUCAGUUAUCACCAAGUUUUCUAGUUUAAUCCCCACUACUGGAGUAUUUUAAAAACUAAAAUAAGGAAUAAAUAUUUAGUUUUAUUUCUCCAGUGACAUAAAAUCAGAGUCCCUAUUGAUAGUCACAUUUAAAACGUUGCAUCUUGCCCUCUUUUUGUACUUUUUGAGUUUAGAAUUUCUUCUUCUAAUCCCGACUUUAAUUUUUUUGCUCAGUUGGCUGACUAGCAGUUCUGUAUUUAAAAUCAAAGGAUCCCACACCGAGGAUGAAAUAAUUCAAACUUUAAAAUAUCAGAAUAAAAUGGAUUAGGGACUAUGCAAUUAUUUUCUUCAUAUAAGCAAGAUCUAACUGGGGGUAUCUUACAGAGCAGCAUACACCUCUACCCCCAUACAACACUACCUGAUACAACACGAAUUCGGAUGUAAUUCGGUAAAGCAGUGCUACGGGGGUGCGGGGCUGCACACUCCUGCAGAUCAAAGCAAGUUUGAUAUAACGCAGUUUCACCUAUAACGCAGUAAGAUUUUUUGGCUCCCGAGGACAGUGUUAUAUCGGGAUAGAGAUGUACUUAAUGCCUGUCCUAAAAAGUGUGUGGUCUAAGGACCAAAUUCUAGUUUCAUUGAAAGGAAUUUUGCCAAAGCCAGAAUUUUGACCAUGAGCCAGACUGUAAACAUGGCAAAUUGUAUUAGGGAUUGUUAUACAUUGUGGAGUUCCCUUUGAGGUUUAUGCUGUGUGUUGCACAAGCCUUCAAAAUUAUUUAAAAAAAUUUUUUUUUAAUAAUUAAAGUUGAGGGAUCAAAUGACUCAGAUAGCUAAUAAGAUAGUUCUAAGAUGGCUCAGAUAACUGGUGAUCAAAAAAUUGCUGUGUGAUAGGUGAAUUUGGAAUGAGUUUUGAUUUCAGUCCAUUACUAUGUAGAAUAGUCCAUUCUUUCUUAUUUUCACACUUUUAGUAAAUGUAACAUAUUUUAAAAAUAAAUUAGUUGUAUUUUGAUAGCUGAAAGUUGUCUGCUUCCCCCCCUUAGGCAGCAGUGCACAUUAGGUUUGGGCUGGCAGAUGGUACAAAAAACAGUAUUUGGAAGGGGUGUGAAAUAUUUCUCUGGCCUGAUUUAAUAAUAUCCAGUAACCAGUAACUCAAUCCAGUGUUUUAUUAACAGUUAAUCCUAAAUUUUUAAGAGAGCCAGAUUUUGCUUGUGCCAAAAUUAGUAGUGAGCAUGUGAUUGGAAGUGGGAUGCUCCUGGCUGAAGUUCUCUAUGUGUAAAGAUGUCCCUCUAACAUGUAUGCCCUGGUUUAGGUGAGCUCCAAUAUCAAGUUCCCUCCCCAAAUCACUCUGUCUCCCAGUGGAGGAAAAGAGUCAUUAAUAGUUCUCUGGAAGUCUGCUUUUAGAUCCUGAUUAAGCCAGCAUAAUCGUUUCAUGGAAGGAUUCCUCUGCCCGCUGUGAACGGGGUAGAAUCAGCCACCUCUGCAAUAUCUGAGUCCAGUAGGAGUGAUCCACAUGGGACAGGGGGGAUGUGCAUAGGAGAGACUGAAAGAUUUGCUGGAAGUUUUCCUCCUUUAGUACCUUCCUACACGUUUUAAUGCCUCUAUUUUUAGUGGCAGAAAAUAGUAAGUUCAGUAAGCAGAGAAGAACCUGAUUUUGAAAAGAUUUCAUUGUGAGUGUCCAAAAAGAAUAAAAACAUGCAUUAAAAAUUG